CAUAGCAGUGAACGUGAAAGCAUACCUUGGGUGGAUCUCGAUGCUAUUGUUUUGCAUAAAGUAGAAAAGUUUAGUUCCGGGCGUCAGGCUUCACUUCAGAUCAUAUGCUGUCAGGGUCUUCCUGCUGCUCAGAAGAAUUUGCAGUGCAUUUCACAUCUGUGAAGGAAGCAACAGCACUUGUCUUCUCUGUCUAAUAAUUCUUCCUGCAUCUCGUGCUCUGAAACAUAAAGAUAGCUAUGAUGGAUGAUUUCUAUAUGAUAACUCAGGAGGACCUGGAAGAUAUUAAAGAAUCCAUAUCUACUCAGGAUCUCCCAACAGCAGUAAACACGAUCAAAGGAUUCCUUGAAAAACAGGAUCAUGUAGAACUUAACGUUGGUGUGACGGGGGAGUCCGGUUCUGGAAAAUCCACGUUUGUCAAUAGAUUCAGGGGUUUAGGGGAUGAAGAAGAGGGCUCUGCUCAAACUGGCCCUGUAGAAACCACUAUGGAGCCUAAAGCUUAUCGUCACCCAAAAUACAAAAAUGUGAAAGUGUGGGAUCUUCCUGGCAUUGGAACACCAAACUUCAAAGCCGAUGAGUAUCUUAAACUGGUUGAGUUUGAACGCUAUGAUUUUUUCAUCAUCAUCGCUUCAGAUCGGUUCAGAGAAUGCCACACUCAGUUGGCCAAAGAGAUCAUGAGAAUGGGGAAAACAUUUUAUUUUGUUCGUUCCAAGAUUGACUCAAGCAUUGAUGCUGAGAAGCAGAAGAAGAGCUUUGACCAGAAAAGGACACUGGAUAUCAUCCGAGAGGACUGUGAAAAAGGUCUGAGAAAGAUCGGUAUAGAGUAUCCUGUUGUGUUUUUGAUCUCUAACUUUGAGCUCGGCAAGUAUGAUUUAAAUCUGCUGCAGGAGAGAAUGGAGCAAGAGCUUCCACAGCAUAAGAGACGUGUGCUGAUGUUGGCUUUGCCGAAUAUCACUUUGGAGAUCAAUGAGAAAAAGAAGAAAGCUCUAGAGGAAAACAUUGGAAAAAUUGCCUUACUGUCUGCUUUGGUGGCUACAGUUCCUAUUCCUGGUCUUUCAGUUGCUGUGGAUAUAGCCAUUGUUACAAAAGAGAUAGAAACGUACUACAGUACCUUUGGUCUGGAUGAUCCAUCCCUGCAGAAGCUCUGCGAAAGCUCUGGGAAGACCAUUGAGGAAUUCAAAAGUCUUAUGAAGUCGCCACUGAGUGGUGGGAUAAACCCAGCUUCAAUAUUAUCCUUAGCGGGUGCUGCAUUUCUGGUUUUGGCUGAAAAUACAGUUGAGUAUGUUGUGAGUCUCGUACCCCUUCUUGGCAGUCUGGUGGCAGGAGGAAUGUCCUAUAUGACAGUCUCAACAAUGCUGAAGAGAGCUCUGAAUGACAUAGCAGAAGAUGCCAGAAACGUGCUAAUAGCUUCAGUGCAGACUGAAGUGUAAACACAGAAUGUGACAUAGAAAUUGUGUAUUCAAGUAGCAGCUGCUUUGAUUCAAACUUAUAGCAAAUUUCUG